CUUUCCCCCUCUCCCCAUGUACAUAGCACGCAAUACUCAAACUUCUUCAUCAAGUCCUUGCUAAGAGCAUCACAGUAAUGUCGAGUGAUACCCAUUCUUCAGCGUCUACUCCGCCCUCUUCUCCUCCAAAAACGCCUCCCAACUUGCAUCAGAACAGUAUCGAUCCCGGGUCUAGAUGGCUCGUGCAAAAAUUUGGGGGAACGAGUGUUGGGAAGUACCCAGUGCGCAUAGCUAGAGACGUUGUUUCGAACUAUAUUGAUUCGAACAAGGUCGCAAUAGUAUGCUCUGCACGUUCGGGAUCAACGAAAACACUUGGGACGACCAACUUGCUCCUGAGAGCAGCCUCAGAAGCUCUGAAACGUCCACCAAGAGGUCCGAAAUCUGCUGCACCAGGUGCAUCCACACCUCAUGGGCUUGGUCUGUUCGGGCAAGUUAAGGAGAUGCCUUCAUCUCCAUCGCUUCCCAGUUCACCGCGGAGCAGGUCUUCGUCCGGUCAUGAAACAAAUCCUUUGUCGCUAUCCCCUUUGACUGUUCCCAGUGCCGGCCAAACGACGGUGACCUUUAACGUUACCGUUGAUCUCAUCCGAGAAGAACAUUACAAGGCUGCCAAAGAAUCUAUCGAGGACGAAGACAUUCGUAAAGAACUGGAAGAGGAGGUCGAUAGGGACUGUGAUUGGCUGCGGAGCUUUCUUUUUGCCUCACAAGUUAUCGAUGAAAUUUCGCCUCGAUCGAAAGACAGUAUUAUCGGCGUGGGAGAACGAUUGGCUUGCAAGCUCAUGACAGCUGUGCUACGGGACCAGGGUAUCGAUGCCGAAUACGUCUCUUUAGAAGACAUCGUUCCUGAAUGUGACGAAACCGACACGCAAUUGGGACAAGGUUUCUAUGAUCGUGUCGCAGCUGCUGUCGGAGAGCGAGUCAGGCAGUGUGGUCGACGAGUUCCUGUAGUAACUGGCUUCUUUGGACCCGUUCCCGGCUCACUUCUCACUCAAGUCGGUCGUGGGUAUACAGACUUAUUAUCAGCACUGCUCGCCGUUGGUCUGCAAGCCGCUGAAUUGCAGAUAUGGAAAGAAGUGGACGGCAUCUUCACAGCCGAUCCACGUAAGGUUCCCACUGCUCGAGUCCUGCCUAUCAUCACCCCGGACGAAGCCGCAGAACUAACUUAUUACGGGAGCGAAGUCGUACACCCAUUCACCAUGGAACAGGUUAUUCGCCGCAAAAUACCUAUCCGUAUCAAGAAUGUUGAAAACCCCCCGGGAGCAGGUACUGUUAUAUAUCCUGACCCUGACGUGGUGGACGCAUCUCAAGAAGCUGGGGCUCUCGCCAAUGGCGUCCCAGAACCUAUUUCAUCCAAAGUUUUACAUGACGCAGCGAUGAUAUCACUUUUCCUGCAAGACGAAUUGAAAAAGCUUCCUACAGCCGUUACUAUCAAGGAAAACAUUCUCGUCAUCAAUAUCAACUCGAACAGGAAAAGCGUAUCUCAUGGGUUCUUCGCCGGCAUUUUUGAAACGCUGGAUAGAUUUGGGGUAGUGGUGGAUUUGAUUAGCACGAGUGAAGUGCAUGUCAGUAUGGCUAUCGAGGAUUCGGUAGCCCCAAAAAUACUUGCUCGACUUGUUUCGGAGUUGAAGAAAAGUGGAAUGGUCACCGUGCAUUCGAACAUGGCGAUCCUGUCGUUGGUUGGCAAGCAAAUGCGUCAUCUUGUCGGCGUUGCUGGACGCAUGUUCACGACUCUCGGUCAAGGGAACGUCAAUAUUGAGAUGAUCAGCCAGGGUGCUAGUGAAAUCAAUAUUUCGUGUGUCAUAGAGAGAAGGGAUGCAGUUAAGGCGUUGAAUCUGAUACAUCAGAGCUGCUUACAGAUACCACCGCCGAGUAGAGUGGGGCCAUGGUUAUUCUAACACUGACAUGCCACUAACAUGUUGCAGUGGUGCUGAAUAUGUAUUGAGCAUUCUAACUUAAGCAUCCAAUGUACACAAAUUAGAAGCUUUAGGACAGUUUCGAGAAGCCCGCAUAUUGUCCCACUCCACCAACAGCGAUCGUAUUUGCGCAAG